GCUCGGGAAAUUCUCAUGGAAGAAUCAAAUGUUCAACCCGUAAGGUGUCCUGUUACAGUUUGUGGAGAUAUCCAUGGUCAAUUUCAUGACCUUAUGGAACUUUUCCGUAUUGGUGGUAAUUCACCCGAUACGAAUUACCUUUUUAUGGGAGAUUAUGUUGACCGUGGAUAUUAUUCCGUUGAAACUGUAACCUUACUCGUUGCACUCAAAGUUAGAUAUAGAGAUCGAGUUACAAUUCUUCGGGGGAAUCACGAGUCCAGGCAAAUAACCCAGGUAUAUGGGUUUUAUGAUGAAUGCCUUAGAAAAUAUGGCAAUGCAAAUGUGUGGAAAUUUUUCACCGAUUUGUUCGACUAUUUGCCAUUGACAGCAUUAAUUGAUGAUCAGAUCUUUUGUCUUCAUGGCGGUUUAUCUCCAUCGAUUGAUACGCUGGACCAUAUUAGAUCUUUGGAUAGAAUUCAAGAGGUACCUCAUGAAGGACCUAUGUGCGAUUUGUUAUGGUCCGAUCCAGAUGAUCGAUGUGGCUGGGGAAUUUCGCCUAGAGGUGCUGGAUAUACCUUUGGACAAGAUAUAUCGGAAGCAUUUAAUCACAACAACGGACUAACUUUGAUUGCUAGAGCUCAUCAAUUGGUUAUGGAGGGAUACAAUUGGUCGCAAGAUAGAAAUGUUGUUACAAUCUUCAGUGCUCCAAAUUACUGCUAUCGUUGUGGUAAUCAAGCUGCCAUUAUGGAAAUAGACGAGCAUUUGAAAUAUACAUUCUUGCAAUUUGAUCCUGCACCCAGAAGGGGUGAACCUCACGUUACUCGUCGAACACCUGAUUAUUUCUUGUAA